AUGAAUCUAUCAUCAUCAGCCGGUAUCAACUUGGCAUUCUCCUUGUCGAUCCUCGUCAUAACCACCAUUGCCUUUGAGAUCUUUUUGUUUCCUUCAGUAACCUUCUUGAUUGGUGAUCGUCUGGUGGAUCAUGCAGAAAGACGGAACAAAGCAGUUAUGAGUAUCUUUGUGCUCCUGGUGAGAUUUCUGGGUUUCGGAACCAUCACUAUUUGGCAGUUUGCCAAACUGGACCACAGAAGUCACGAAUAUCAGGCAAUGGCAUGUGGACAGGUGUCACUGUCAGCAGACCAAAGGCUGACACUUUGGUAUGCCUUCACUCUUCACUGUUCCUUAUUCCUUGUGGAAUGUUUCUCACCAAGGUUCUACCUGAAGCAGACUCCAUGGUCCUGGCUGCAUCACAUUGUGCUCUGGGUCAACUAUGUCAUUUAUGCUGCCUUCAAGGUGGAGGAUCCCCAAGCUUUCUCGUUGGGAUUUCUGUAUGGCUUUCUUAUCUCCUUCUUUGCAUGGAAUGAUGUGCUGCAGUUGCUGAGGUAUUUCUCUGGAGAUGACUACCAAAAGCAGUAUCAGUACUAUCGAUGCUAUUUUGCAUUCAAAUGUGUCCAGUUCCCUGCCUUUAUUGUGGUUCCUUGUGUUUGGAGCAUCAUGCUCUAUGUCAAGGGCUGUCUAGACAUUGCAGCCUUUGCAAUCUUGAUUACUGCAACAUCCAUGCUGGGAAUACCAGACAUUUUUCUUCUGGUGACCAAGAUGCGUGAAAUCUUGGUUCAUUAUCGGGAAAAGCAGCAUCACAGCGCAAAGGUAGAAAGCAACUGCGUGUCGACGGACUCUUCUGGGGAUAAUGGUGACUUUGAUGUUUAG